AUGACACUACGUGACAAAACGGCUAGUAGAUUUUUAUUAUCAGCUGCACGUAUUGUUUUAACAGAUGCAGAAUUUACAAGAGAUUAUUUAUCAAAUUUUCGUGGUAAUACAGCAAAUCGUGUCCCAAUUCCACAAGAAUCUGUUGAUUUACUUCAAAGAGCCGUACGGCAAAGAUUUGGGUUUAAAGAGGAAGAUAUGGGUAGUAUAUGGGCUUCCAUUCGAACAAGUCUCGUACAAAGAGUUACUGAUAUUCAUCCUAUUUCUUUAUCUGAAGAUAAUCAUGAUCUUGUUUCUGUUGCAACAAAUAAUCAAACAGAGGUAAAUCGUAUACAAAAUAAGAACAAAUAUAUCGGUAUUGCAAAACUAUAUCAAUCAGAAAAGAUAUGUGGCGUGUGUUAUCAUUCAUCAACACAUGGAAUUUGUUCAACAAUUGAUUGUACUCAUGAAGCAAUGGAGAUUCCAUCUGAUGAUGUAGUUGAAAUUGUUUCAUUCGAUUUAGCUGAACAGUCGAAGAUAUUAAUUGAUAAAAAUAUAGAUCUACUUCAAAAAUGUCAAAAUGAAGCACGAACACAAACUACAUCUGAUGCAAACGAUGUUGUUAGAGGUGAUGUUUAUCAAUCUAUACUAAAUGUUUAUAAAGAUUUUUUUGUAUCUGUUAUGAUUCAUAGUGACGGCAUUCCUCUUUAUAAAUCUAAAAAUUGUAAUGCAUGGCCUAUAUUAGGUGCUGUUUUGAAACUUCCACCAUAUUCUAGAACUCGUGAUGAUAAUACUCUUAUUCUUUCUCUUUGGAUAGGAAAACAGAAGCCAAACUUUAAUAUUAUUUUUGAAAAACUUUCUAAAUGA